GCAAUUUUAGAGCCAUGACAUCACAUUUCCUAACGACCGCUUCCAAAUGCGGAAAGACAUCGGCGAGGGUAUUUUUUUCCAGAUUUCCCCUGUCCGAGGAAAGAAGGAAUGCAAGCUUUUUGAACAAUACCGUAUACCGGUGGUCGAUCAUGUAUCGCUGAGACAUUUUGCUUUCAUACUGCGUGUUGUUUGCCUUCCCAAGACACCGUUUCUAGUUUAGUAUUCUCUACUUCCAUCUUCAUUCAUCCUGCUCCAGUGCAUUAUGAUGUAAUACUUGAUCAUCAGUGAGCAAGAGGAGUGUUGGUUACCCUGGUCAGGAAAGUUGGAUAAAGCAUGGGAUUGUCCUCUGGAGACAGAAACCACGCUCCUGUUCCCCCAGUCCUCCAAGGUCCCUAACCCCUGAGGGCCCCAUAGCAGACAGAGACCGGCUCUGAGGUAAUUUGCAGAGAAGGAAGAGAAGGCGUCUUUACCAACCUUUGACAUUCCUGCAGUACUGAGAGUCAGCCUCAAAGGUGGGAUGUCUGAUGCAGAGACAAGAGAGGGUGAUGAGGCCUUUGAGUCAGAAGAGGGCGAUGUGGAGCCGUACUUGGAGGAGACGGAGGGCAGCAGGGACAUCCUGGACAGGGUCAGAGAGUUGGAGGCAGACAAUUCAGCCCUUGCCCUGGCAAAUGAAAGUCAGAGAGAGGCCUAUGAAAGAUGUCUAGACGAGGUGGCCAACCAUGUAGUUCAAGCCCUGCUUAAUCAAAAAGACCUGAGGGAGGAGUGUAUAAAGCUGAAGAUGCGUGUGUUUGACCUGGAGAGACAGAACAGAACUCUGACAGAACUCUUUGCCCAGAAGUUACAUCCUCAGAGCAGCUCACUGCAGCAGAUGCCAUUGGUGUCUGUCUCAGAGUACAGCACAGACGAGUCAUCCAUGGGAAGUGAUAAACUCCUCACAGCUCAAACCCAUGGGGAACUCAAGAGUAAUGGGGAUCGGACUCAGAAUGGAACAGCUGGCUCGACUCAGGCCUCAGCCACCUCCAUGGAAGCCUUGUCUCCAUUCUUUAAGAAAAAAGCACACAUUCUGGAGGUCCUGCGCAAGCUUGAGGAGUCUGACCCCCUGAAGUUCCACCCCUCCUCUUGCCUGUCCGCACACCAUGACCUGGGUCAGGCACUGGUCUCCAUGGAGAUGGGCUCUCUGAUGUCCUCGGGGAGCGUCUCCUCCCCUCAGCGGCCCUCGGCACGUUGCCGCCACUCCAGCUCCGACUCAGACAUCCACGAUUAUGCCAACGGUGAGGGGGAGGAGCUCCGACAGCACCAUCAUGGAGGGUGCCAGUCCUGCCGCAUGCUUUCACAAAAGAGCAGCCUGGACAGCUUGCUAAAGUGUGUCCAAGGUCACGGUGCUGCUUACUCUGGCAGAGGAGAUGGUCUUAGAGGGCAGGCCUGGAUUGAGAGCCAGGGGGCCUCUGCACUGAACACAGGCGCUCCCCGAACAGCAGCUUUACAGUCUGUUGACGGCAAAAGCCAGCGUUACGUACCUAGCACAGAGCAGCCUGACACCCGAGGCUCUGACCCAUUCCUACCUUCGCUAAUCCAAGUCUCAGGACUGAAUGGGCAGGAGUCCAAGAACAUACACACCCACCCAAAAAUUCAUCCAUCCAGUAAACUUCCUCUCAGGGGUGAGCUCCACUCCUCACUCAGUGAGGAUGUGAAGCACAUGGACCUGCAGAGCCAGAAUGGAGACCAGUCAGAGGAGUCCUGCUACCUGGAAGAAGAGGCAACAGAAGCACACAAUUUGCAGAACAGCCUGCACACCUCAGAGACAAAUCUGGAUAUGGCAGCCACGGCUAGCUCCCAACCAGGAUAUCAGGAGCAGGAUGUGAGUGAACAGGUCUGUAACAGACUCUACUUCUCCUUUAAUGAGACCUCUGUGUCAAAGAAAGUGGCAGUGGAGUCUUACUCCCCAGCCCCAGUGCCAGAGAGGACCAGUUCUGCCCAGGCCCAACCAGGCCCAAAAAGUAAGCUUGCACAAAGCCCCACCUCCCCCUCCUCUACAUCAGGCCUUGGUGAAGUCAAGCCCUCUCCGAUUUCUUCACCAUCCCGCCUGCUCAAGUUCCUGAAGAUCCCUACAAUAGGAGAGCGGACACAAGCAGGCAGUGUCAGUCUCAGACUUAGCCCCCAACUGACCCGCAGCUCCAAGAUCCCCUGCAGGAACAACAAUAACUAUGACGUGUACCAAUCUCCUGUCCUGGGCCGCAAAGCCACCACAACUGAGAGAGACAAGCACCUAUCCUCCUCCCCCCCAAAAGUAGAGGCCUACCCUGCAACACAUUCUGCCCCCACCUCCCCGCCACAGCCUGAGGACAAUGUGUGCCCUCUACCCCCAGUCAAGGAGAUAGCUGACAGCAAUCACUCUGCACCCAAACACAGAGGCAACAUCAAGGCACCUUUCUCCUCUUCUCAACCACAGAGGGGCUCUCAGAAAGUGCCCCACUAUGAGAAUGUCUGCCCCUCAGAUGGGACAUCGCAGUAUCUCCCUUGCACCCAGAAUGAGGGUCCUGUUGAGAAAUCUUUUCAGCAGGAGGAGAAGCUGCUUAGUCCCCCUUCUCAGCACACAGAUUCGUCCCCAGGUUCUGCAGAACCAUUCUCUGACUUGGAUCCCUCAGACCAAGACACAGACUCAGAGAGCCCUGUCUGGCACAAGCCUCACCAACACUUCAGCUUACCCGCUUCCUCUUCUGCCACCUCCAGUAAGACACAUAAGGGCAGCAGCUACUCCAGUGAGAGGAACAGGAACCAAGAGCGCUCAGUUCCACAAUAUAGUCAGCCAAACUGUGACCCACCUAAUCUGCCUAUGUCUGCAGCCAAGAGAGGUGAACCUUUGCCUGGGUCCUCAACCCCUAAGAGGCCAGGGUUUGGGCAGGGUAAACACCAGAGUGAGUCUAGUCACCAUCCAUUCAAAGAGCGCCUGGCCGCUCUGGGAAAACUGAAGAGCACAGAAGACCUACCAGAAGUCCCGCCACAGUCCGCAGAUAAAAGAGAUGCACAAUGUAACAGAGGUAGCCCCCCAACCACCAACAAUAAUCGUCAAAAAAGCAAGACAGCUGAAAGACAGGGUGAGAGAAGUGGAAUAGAGAACAGGCAUCAAAAAUACACUGACUCCCUGGAUGGGAAACCCUACCCCAAAACCAGCCUAGGGAGUCAUCCCAGACAUCCAGGUCCAUUUACUGAAGUAGGGGCCAAGUCCUCAGCCACUCCAUCGUCCAUCUCUAAAGGUGAACAGGAUACUUUCACCCAGAGAAUAUAUGUAGCAAAAGCAGAAGGUCCAAAGAUCAAAAUGGGUAUGUCAGCUACCAACACAGAGCCCCCUUCAUCCAUGAGGAGCUAUGGGAAAUGUCCCAUCACUCAGAGUCAACACAGUAAAACUGUCCCCAGCACCCAAAACAGUCCCUCUAAGAUCACAUCCAAAUCUCCCUCUAAGGCCGGCCAGGCUUCCUCCUAUCCAAGGGGGAUAAAGCCUACGAAUGAGGACCGCACCCAUGCCGCGAGACAUCCACCCAGACCAGAGGACAAAAGCAAACUCACAGCUGGCAAGAAGAAGACCUCCAUACAUGCAGAGAGCUUCCUCCCUCCUCCUCCUCUACCACCAAGAUCCUCAGCGGAAGCCAUCACAAAUGAGGAUAAAAAGCCAUCCUCCUCUGCUCCUGCCACGCAGCAAUCUGCCAUUGAGCAGAAAGUAAUGCGUGGCAUUGAGGAGAACAUGAUGAAACUGCAGGAACAGGACCGAUGCCAGGUGACUGAGACAAAACAGAAAGCUUCUAAUGGCAUUGCCAGCUGGUUUGGACUAAGAAAGAGCAAGCUCCCUGCCCUAAGCCGCAAGCCAGAGAUGUCCAAGCAGAAGACCAAUAUGUCAUCCCCCUCUGCGACUGCCACAGAAGGUAAGGAUGGCAAGGGUCCCAGGAAAGUGGUGGAGAGCCUGAACAUCUCCAAGCUGAUGGAGAAGGCAGAGGACCUGCGAAAGGCCCUGGAAGAGGAACGGGCAUAUGUAAAUGGUGUGGGUGUGGCUAUGGAGCGUGCAGGCCGGGGACACUCUUGUGAGGUAGUGAUGGACCAGGCCCAGGGCCAGAUGUCCCUCAUGUACAGAGGAGUGACUGCCGACAACUUCAUGCAGCAGCUCCUCAACAGUCCCUCGACGUCUUGUUCUGGAAACAGGGUGGAUGAGAGAGGAGUGGCCAGCCUUGGAAUGGCACACAGACGGCUCUCCUUUGACUUGAAAAGCUCUCGGCCCAUCUUCAGUUACCAGAGGAAUGGGGUCAGCCACACCAAGAGCCGGGAUGAAAUAGACAAAGGUUCCGAUAUGGUCGGUAAGGAAGAGGUCACUUCAGAUGAAAGCCUAGCAGAGUCCAUUAGUUCUCAGCACUUUACAGGUUCAGGAGCCUCAAUGCGUACACUUGACAGUGGCAUCGGCACAUUUCCCAUGCCUGACUACGCAAGCAGUGCUACAGGGAAGAACAUCCCCAAGGGCAAGCUGCAAGGAGAACAAGGGUUUUCCGGCUCUCAAGGGAAACAUGGGGCUCCAAUGAAGGUUCCACGUAAGGCCCGGACUCUGGAGAGGGAGCUCUCCUCUUUGGACGAAGUCACCCCCUCUGUUCUUUAUGGCUCAGGAAUGGAAGACAAGGCUCCCAAUAUCCACUUGUCAAGCACCAUUCAUGAGGACAUUGAUGCAUACGGUGCUCAUCUGCAAAAUCCACCCUCAAAGAACUGGACCUUUCCAAACCUGAAAUGCCCUACAGGAACCACAGACGUGUUUUUGGAUGUUCAGGGGGAGCCAGGUUGCCAUGGAACACCUUCUAGAAGGAGUUUGAAUCCGUGUGCCCCCCAGACCCCACUGGCCGCUGACCCAGGAAGUCUCCCCCUGCCGCCCCAGACAGGGCUCAGUCGGAGGGGUAAAGGCCGGACUCCCAUUGCCCCGGAGGUGGGCAAGGAUGGAGGGCUGGAGUUACUUAAAGAGCGACCUGAAGACAUCCUCUCCCCUAGCAGACCCCAGGCCCUGGAGACACCAGAAUCCCUAAGUGACUCCCUCUACGACAGCCUCUCAUCCUGUGGCAGUCAAGGCUGAGGAGGACAAUGUCUAGAGAGAGGAGUAGGCAGGACAAUGAAGAGCGUGCCCUAAAACCCUGAAAAUGCAACUCUAUCCAUUCACAGUGGUGGCCCAGACCCAGAAGUCAAUAUAGAGUUUUAGUGUUGCUCUUUCCAAAAAACACAGACACACCCACACAAUGAAAAGCCCCUUUCUCUCGUUAGACUCUAUGUGCUUUACGCUCUAUAGACACCCUCAGGUUAAGAAUCACAUGUAAAGCAAUUGAGGAGCUAAACUGACAUGUGAACAAUCCACACCAACAUAUUCCAUAGCAAAAAUCAGAUGAUGAGACGAUUCCCUCCCGGAUUAAUGUACAAACACACACACAAUAUAUAGUCUCUAAUCCAGACCAGAACUAAUGAUUACAUAUAGAACAAGGCGCAUGAAACAUUACACUGUUCAAGGCUGCGACUUUAUCAUGUCAUUGUCUGAAGUAUCUGAAGAACAGGUUGUAAGAUGCAGCUGUUAGUGGUUUCUAACAGGUGAUGCUUAUCAAGGGUUUUUCUUAUUUAUAUGAAUAUGGAGGCCACAGAUAACUGAGAUGUCAUUAACUUAAAGUAAACAACCAAAUUUAACUGCCCACCAAAUGUGUUGCACCAAAAUGUUUCUAUGCCUCCAUGUCUUGUUAUAGGGAUUACGCUUUAUUUAACUUUGAAUAUGUUGUUUCUAAAUUGAGAAAACAAGUGUGUGUAUAUAUGUGUACACAUAGGUUUGACCAAGAGCUUAUGCAUUGGCUCCACAAGCUUUGCCCAAGUCGAUGAACUCUUGACAGGAGAAAAUAUGUCCUCACCAUUCCUGAGUCUUCAAAUUUCCCAUAAAUAACCAACACAAUCAACACAUUUUAUAUUAGGAACACACCACACCUGUAAAAUUAUGACAUGUGUUAUGUAACAUGAAAUUGUACCUGUCCGUUAGAUUAUUGUUGGGUUUAUCAGGAAUAAUGCUUUAUGGCAGCAUUAUGAAGCAAUUCUGUGACUGCCACAAGCAAUGCUUUUCUUGAGUAACACAAAACAUUUUUAACAAGAAAUUGUGGAGGUUUUCUACAAAUGUUGUAUUGUUUUGUAAUCAUCCCCCAAAACCUAUUUAAAGUAACAUGUUGACUUUCUAUUCCAAUAACAGAAUUCUGCAAACAAAUUUCCUCUUGUUGUCAGUGUAACUCCCCUUUGGAUAAAGGAAUUGAUAUCCUGAAACACUGGACAUCUAUAAGUUGCUUACUUCUGCAAUCUGGGCAAAUGUAAACCUUUCGUAAGCACAGAAACAGGCACACAUCCAUUCGAUUUUUUUGAUGUACAAUUAAGUGGAACAAAUAUCCCUUCUAGAGCUAUGGGAAUGUUACAAAAAGACCAAAUAGAAGAGUGGACGCCACAUCUUUAUAAAGCACAAGUUAUUAAGUGUUUGAGGAGAGACGGUUACAUUUGAGCACCAGGUGUCAUUUGAGUGUCUCAUAUGAAUCUGACGUCUGAAUCUUUUUAUCCAGAUUUACAUGAUGAGGGAACCUAGAGUGAGAGGAAUCAUGAUUAGAAACCAGAACACUGGUAAGCAAUACAUGUUUUGUACAGCUGUUUCAUAUUUAUUCUGAUGGGCAGAAUUUAGACGAUUUCAGAAUAUACGACGUGGGGUGUAUUGAUUUAUACAGGGCGUUUGAGAAAUUAAUUGUCAAAACAACUAGAAAAUGAGAUACUAAGGAUGUGGACUUCUCUUAAUCAUGGACUUCAUGAGGUAACUAGUAACAAGUAGUUACUAUAUUCAUCACAGCUCCCCUCAAACUCCUACAGAAGUCUGACAUCCUUGUGCUUCCAACUCAAGCUUUUGUACCGUGUGUUCUUUAAACCAACAUGGAUUUGAAUUUAUUUUUUGCCAUAAUUCACUUCCCACUAUGUCUAUCCCACCCAGUUCUGUCAGAAGAACUACUGUGGGACUAUACCAUGAUGAUACGAAUUUGACUGUUACUGUAAAUACACUCUUAUUAUAACAACAAUUUUGAAUUUAAGAAAUGUUUGAAAAUGUCUGCAGCCAUUGAAGUUCACCUAAUGUGUGGUCCCAUUUGGAAAGUUCAGUUCCUAUGUCCGGAGACCAAAACAAUAACAUCUUGAAAACUAUAAACAAAACGAGACAUACUUUCCCCCUGAUGUUUGUGUAGCACCCAGUAGCCAGAUACUCUCUAUUCCCCAACAUUGGAGGCUCUGUUUUGACCAUGUAUCAAAUCAUGGUCCUCUGGGAUUAACGGAGUGAUGUACAAAUCAAGAGGUUAUGAUUAUUGGGUAACCCCAUAGGCUGUAUGACCCCCUCAAACUUCAGCUGUGUUCUAAAACAAUGAAGAAUGGGGGUAUAAAAGGAUUUGGGUGGUUUUGCCUUGAAACGAUGUCUGUAUCUGUAUGCUUUAUGGUUGCAACAUAUCAUGUCAGAGGGGUUUAUCUUUUUUAUUUAUUUACUUAUUUAUUUUGGGGGCUAAUCCUACGCAGAUUCUUUUUAGUUGUUUAUGUUGUUAUUGUUGUCGGUUUUUACUCUAAAACUGCUAUUUUUGUACUACUAUUAUAUUUUAUUCUUUGAUUUUCCUCACAAUGUCUUGAGGUAUUGUCAUUUUUUUCAUUCCGUUUUUUUAAUGGUAUUUUAAGGUGCUAUGUACGCAGCAUUUCCACAAGAAUGCAAAUGAAGCCAUAAACCAUAAUGUAUUUUCACAAGGCAGCAAAAUAACAAUGGCGAUUAUGUUCAUUAAUGGAUACAAACAUGCAAAAAUUUAACAAUUAAAGUACCUUCUCUGAAA